AUGAUCAUCAAAUAUACUGAUUACCAUAUUGGGUUAGGCCUUUUGCUAGUGGGCUUUUUGGGCUUUGGAUAUGCUACGGCGCCGAAAACCAAAGGUGCUGAUUUGGAUUUCAGUUUCAAGAUAGAAGAUGCCUUGCCGCAUAGUGUGUAUGAUGAUGAACCUCUGAGUGAUUGUGGUUCUGAAGAUACAUAUUACGCCGGUUGUAAUAAAGGGCCUGCUGAUGUCUCAUGUGCCUCUAGUUUGCGCGAUGCGGGUAAGUGUCUUAUUUCCCCAGCUACAACAACAAUACGUUCUAUCAACAAGUACUUUCGUAAAGAAAAGGCCGACUUUAUUGUAAAUGACCGGAUUGUUGUUUGGGAAUCCAGAUGUAUUGGCUUGGUUGACAACUUCCCGAUCAGAUGUGGAAAAAUAGUGGCCGAUCUUAUGACAUUAGAAAAGAAAAUCAUCAACUCGGAGAUAUUGAAUUAUCCCCUGUAUGGUGUAGAUAAGUACAUAUAUUAUCGAAAAGAAAUCGAAAAGAACUACACGCGGCUCAGAAUGCUCAUUGCCAAUCUAGGGAGAACAAUGCCCCCGUUUAGUUCCUUUGGGCCUAGAUUGCCAAUUUCGAAUGAUGGUGCACCAUUAGAGCCGGAAGUUGAUCCAGUUGUGGUUAAAAAGCUAAUAGCGAUAAAUUCACCGAAAACACGACUUAUCUUCCUGAAGCUGGUCUGCCUGCACCUUCAGAUAGAACACGAUUACAUGGAAGCCAUUCAUAUCUUUGCCCUGGUUAUGCAAACUAAGCUUGGGUACACGAAACCAGUAGAUCCAACAGAGGCGCCUAAAUUAGCCGCUGAGUAUGGCACGGUGCCGUGUACUACCAAAAUACUGGCGACGUGUGAGCCGCUUACGGAUGUAAACGUCGAUCAUAUUACAUUAUUCUGUGAUCUUAUCGGUGCGGCCGGGCUACUUAAAACAGUGCUACCUUACAUCAGCGUAGCUGUAGGUACUUUUGCUACUAACACAACAAGGAAUACUCUCUUUGUGUAUACCAAGACAAUAAGUACACUUUUGGCAAUAGCCCAAACCUCUUCUAAAUUUCAGGCCGGCAUGAAGCAUAUCAACGAUACAGUUAAAUCCCGCCUACGGGACGGCUUAGAGCAUUGUAGAAACGAGUUAGAAAAGCUAACUGUCCCUUAUUUCAAUCGGUUGGAGCUGACUGCGCGGGCAAUAACACCGGCUGAUAUACUCAUACAUUGCUACAAUGCUCUAACUGAUUUUUCUAGAAAGAGCGAUAUAACUCCAAUAGGAUAUGACUUGAUGUGCCGCUGGCUGGAGGCUAAACAAUGGGACGAGACAUAUACCAGUAGUAAUGGGCGUAAAAUCAUGAGCUUCUUUGUUGGUUUCCGGGAGAUCAGUUCUGAUGACGUGCCACGUGAAACGUCGUCCUUAUAUUGUUCUAAGCUCUACCGACGCUUUCUAAGAUAUCGCCUAUACCAAAGACCCAUUAAGAGCAGACAUGCUCGUCUCUUAGCGCAACGGGCCACAACCUGGAUUGAAGAACGGGCAAAAGAGUUACUAUCGCUAGAGACUGAGGAAUUAAACAAACUACUUGUUGGCCUUCGAGGAGAAAAGGUUCCCAGGUUCACCAAAACGUUAGGCGAGACGUACCCCUACCAAGAACUCAAUCUCGAGGCUAUUCUAGCCUUGGGAAAGGGGGCUAAGAUUACGCGCAUCAUUGACGACGAAAGGGUUGGCAAAGAGCAUAGAGAACAAGUCAAAGCGAUCAAAGCGAGGCGGAAGCAAGAAGCCAAGGGAACGGCAGCGGACGAAGCCAUCCAGAAGAAAUUAGUCAAACGUGCCAAGAACAUAGUCAGAAAAGCAUCCAAUCCAGCACCAGCCUAA